UCACACGCUCGCCCCAAAAACAGACGAAAAAGAACGACUAAAUUAUCAAAACCCCCAUCCCAUCUCUCUCCCUACGUCGUCUCCGGUGAUCCAAAUCUUCAGACGGAGAGAUCUCAACGUCCACAGGAAUCACUAUUUUUUAUUAGUUUUAUCGGCAAAUAUGAACGAGAAGGCCGGCGUCUCCAAGGAGCUCAAUGCUAGGCACAGAAAGAUACUAGAAGGACUUCUUAAACAUCCGGAGAAUAGGGAAUGUGCUGAUUGCAAAACCAAAGGUCCUCGAUGGGCUAGUGUGAAUCUAGGCAUCUUUAUAUGCAUGCAAUGUUCUGGAAUCCACAGAAGCCUUGGGGUGCACAUAUCAAAGGUGAGAUCAGCUACACUGGACACAUGGCUUCCCGAGCAGGUUGCAUUUAUCCAGUCUAUGGGAAAUGAGAAGUCAAAUAGUUAUUGGGAAGCAGAGCUGCCACCAAAUUAUGAUAGAGUUGGCAUUGAAAAUUUCAUACGGGCAAAGUAUGAGGACAAAAGAUGGGUUGCUAAGGAUGGAAGACCAAUUUCACCUCCUGCCGUGCAAGAAGAAAAAGGCGCCGUGCAGUGGCAAAGACCUGUUGAGAAAACUGGAGGCACCGGCUACUCUGAGAGUCCUGCUGGUGAAAAGAAGAGCUAUCAAGCACAUACUACAAAGAGCAGCACCCCUGGUGCAAGAAUCAGUCUUCGUGUGCCACCAAAAGGACCUGAACCUGUGAUACAGAAAGCUGAGCCAGCAAUUCCUUCUGCUGAAUUGGUAAAGGAGGUUGCUGAAACUGUCUCUCCUCCUAAAGUUGAUUUUGCAACUGAUCUUUUUGACAUGCUUUCAAUGGACGAUGGUCCUACUGAGAAAGGUCAAGAAGCAGCUUCUACGGAUGAUAAUCUAUGGGCAGGAUUCCAAUCCGCUGUAGAAGUAUCAAGCACCGGCACAACAGACCUUACAAAACCUGUUGAUAACAAGGCCAAGCCCACUUCUGGAAUAGAAGAUCUAUUCAAAGAUCCGCCUCUUUUCUCACAACCUAAUGCAUCAGAAAAGCCUCAGAAGGAUGUUAAAAAUGAUAUAAUGAGCCUCUUUGAGAAGGGUAAUAAUACAUCACCAUAUGCUCUUCAUCAGCAGCAACUUGCUAUGCUAGCUCAACAGCAGUACCUACUUAUGGCUGCUGCAGCUAAAUCAGGUGGUUUGCCAAAGUUUGCUGGGAAUGGGCAACAACAGCAGGUAUCUGGUGGUACAAAUUCGUCCAAUCAAAACUGGACAAAUGUUGGCUAUCAAUUCCCUGGAAUGCAAAUGCCAGCUCCUGGAAAAGAUGAACUGGAGAAAUAUUUACAGCAGAUGGGAAACAUGGGAGCCGCAAAUCCAGCUGGGAAUUCAUUUCAGGUUCCAACAUCCAGCAUUUACGCCGUAAAUGCCACUACCAACGGCACGGCAUUUCCUGGGGCAUCAAUACCUGGAAUUAUGGGACAAAAUCCAUCCUUCAACAACAUGGGGCCAUCCGGCGCAUCUAAACCACAAGCGGCUUCUCCGUUAUCAUCUACACCCGCUUCCCAAUCCGCCAAAGACUACGAUUUCUCCUCGUUAACUCAAGGCAUGUUCUCAAAACCAUGAUCUUUUUCGUGCAAUAGUUAUAGUGUAUCAUAAAAACAGUAAUUCAUAAAGAACCGAAAGAAACUAUUUUUCCUUUUAUCGGGGAUUGUAAACUAUUUGUAGAGGAUGCAAUUUUCAGCUUUAAUUUCCUUUCAUCUGUUUCACUCCUACAUUACCAUUUACCACCAAGGAUGGUCUCUUUCGUCUAAACUCCGCGUGUUGUUUCCGGUUUUAAAUCCUCCUUAUAU